AUGCAGUCCCCUACUCGCUUCCAGUCCAUCGCUGCCAGGUUCUCGUCCGAGAAGAUCCGCACCUCUUUCCGCCGCCGCUCGUCGGCCUCUUCCCGCACCAGUGCCAGCAGCAACAGGAGUUCCUACUCAUCAUCCUCCAUGUCGCCCGUCACCACCAUAAACAGCAUCAUUGUGCGCCAGCCCUCCAUUGUCGGCCUCGAGGAGGAGCGCAAGAGCUUCGGCAGCGAGCUCAGCAUCCUCGAGCCAAGACCCAUUGUCUACUGGGGUGGUGUCGAGGAGCGCAUGGGCCGCUUUUAG